AUGUUUAUAAAAAAAAAGGAAUCAUUUCUUUCGAACCUUUAUAAUUUAUUAAAGAAACAAAAGUUUAAGUUCAGUCAUUAUAUAGAAGGUAAGAAUGAUAAUUUUAGAAAGCAAAUAAAUGAAGAAUAUGAAAGAAUUCAACGCAAUAUUCCUUUAAAUGAGAAUGAUAUAUUUAAAAUAAGAAAUGUUAUGAUAAGAAUUGGGAAUGAUAAAAGGAUACUUAGUAAUAUUAUACAUACAUAUAAUAUUCCUUCUUUUUUUUUAUUAGAUAAAGAUGUAAGAAAUCAUUUCUUGAAUUAUAUUAAAAAUAAUAUAAGUUAUGCUGACCAAUUAAGAAAUGGUGUCCUUAUGAAUAAUGAUGUAGAUGAAAAGAAGGAUGAUAAUUUUUUAAAUAUACAAGAUAAAAAAUAUAAUAAUGAUAAUAUUAAACAAGAUAAUUCUUGUAACAUAUUAAAUUUAUAUGAUCAUACCAAUCAGAAUUAUUCAACUACUGCACCUAAUCAAAUAUAUAGUAAUAAUAAUAAUAAUAAUAAUAUUAAUGGUAAUAAUAAUUAUUGUUAUGAUAAACCGAAUGUAGAUAUAAGAAAAGAAAAAUUAAAACGGUCUGAUGAAAUUAUUAUGAAUAUAUUAUUAAUAUUUAUUAAAAAAUAUUAUUAUAAGCAAUGGAUGUUUUAUGAACACAUAAAAAGAUUAUGUGAUUAUAGAGAAAUAAUGUUAUAUAUAAUGAAUAAAAAUAAAAAGCAUGUAAGGAAUAUAUAUUUAUAUGUUGGACCACCAAACAGUGGAAAGACUUAUCAUGCAUUUCAAAAAUUGUUGGUAUCUAAAAAUGGAUUAUAUUGUUCUCCUUUAAGAUUAUUAGCAUGGGAGAUAUAUUCUAAAUUGACAGGAAUGAAUAAACAAGUUAAUUUAUUAACAGGUCAGGAAGUAAUAAUCAAAAAUAAUCAAGUUAAUGAAAAUGAUAAUAAUCGUGUUAAUGAACAUUAUAAUAAUCAAAUUAAUGAAAAUGAUAAUAAUCGUGUUAAUGAACAUUAUAAUAAUCAUGUUAAUGAACAUCAUAAUAAUCAAGUUAAUGAAUAUCAUAAUAAUCAUGUUAAUGAACAUCAUAAUGUCUCACAUACUGUAUGCACAAUCGAGAUGACCCCCUUAAAUAAAAAAUACGAUUGUGCUAUUGUUGAUGAAAUACAAAUGAUAAAUAACGAAUUAAGAGGAUACGCAUGGACUAACGUUCUUAUGAAUUUAAAUUGUAAAGAUAUAUAUCUUUGUGGUAGUGAAUAUAUUAUAGAUUUAAUAAAAAAUUUAGCUGAUAUAUUCAAUGAUCAACUAUUUAUUAAAAAGUUCGAAAGGUUAGGUUCUUUACAGUUACUAGAAUAUAACACAACAUUAGAAGAUGUUGAAACAGGUGACUGUAUUAUAACCUUCUCAAGAAAUAAUAUUAUGUUACUAAAAAAAAUUUUAGAAAAAAACAAUAAAAGAGUAUUUGUAAUAUAUGGAUCCUUACCACCAGAUUCAAAGAAAAAACAAAUAAAUCUGUUUAAUCAAUAUUGUAAAGAUGACAUGGAUCAAACAAAAGAAAUAAUAACACAAAGAGAACAAAAACACAAUCAACAUAAUAUAUAUUUAUUGUAUGAAAAAAAAAUAGAAGAAUAUAAAAUUAAAAUAAAUAAUUACAAACAGAGAUUCAAUAAACACGAUCUUAAAUCUAAUAUGAAUAAAUAUUAUGAUUCAAUUUCUUAUUACAAAAAUAUUUUGAGAAAAUAUUUUCAUUGCGUCAAAAAAUAUACAUAUCAUCAAAAAAACAAAACAACAAAAAAAAAACAAACAGUUUUAAUAGCUACAGAUGUUAUAGGUAUGGGUUUAAAUAUAAAUAUUAAAAGAAUAAUUUUUUAUUCCUUAAAAAAAUAUGAUGGAGAUAUUUUAAGAUAUUUAACUAUUUCGGAAUUUUUACAAAUAGCUGGAAGGGCAGGUCGUUUUAAUCCUUCAUCUGAAAAUAAAUCUAUAGGAUAUAUUACAUGUAUACACAUAGAAGAUAUAGAAAUAUUGAAAACUAUAUUUAAACAUAAAUAUAUAAAUAGUCUCAAUUAUAUAUCAACUGGUGAUCUACAAGAGGGGAAAAAGGAAUUAAAUAGAUCUCAUUCGGAUAGCUUACACAAUAUAAAUAAUUUAUUGAAUAUCCAAUAUUCAACAUUAUUAGAAAUAUAUAAUAUGAUAAAAAAGGAAAGAGCUAUGAAGGAAGAGCAAAUGGAAACAAGUAUCGAAAUGAAUGAUAUAUAUAGUGGAGACAAUAAAAAAUUGAAAAUAAUAAAAAAUAUGCAUAAUAAUAAUAAUAAUAUACAUAAUAAUAAUGAUGGUGAUAAUUUUAUUUGCACCCUUAAUUUUACAAAUAAUUAUAAAGCAAAGGCAGGAUUCUUCCCACAGUAUUAUGCCGUUGAAGAAUUAAGAAAAACUUUAGAAUAUGAAUACAAUUCAAAAAUUAAACUACAUGAAAUACUUAAAAUAUUAGUUGAUUAUGUAAGAUUAAAUGAUGAAUAUUUUUUUUUAACAAAAAAUUAUAAUAAUAUGAUUACUAUUACAAAGGAGUUAGAACAUAUUAAUUUAGAACCAAAGAUUCUUUUUACAUAUUCCUUAUGUCCAAUAAAUAUAAAUAAUAUUAUUCUUCUUAAUACAUUAAAAACUUUUUGUAUGUGUCAUAGUAUAUUAGGGUAUGUAGAUUUUUUUCAUUGUGUCAAUAAUAAUAUAUUCUCUCAUGUAGAUGGCAACAAAUAUUUUGAUCUAUUAAAUAAUGAAACCAAUAGUAAUAAUACAGCAAAUCAUAGUAUAUCAUAUAGUAAUAUUCAAAGGGAUACUAAUGUAAAAACAAAUUUUAUAAAUCAAUAUGAUGGAUAUGUAAAUGAAAAUGUGAUAAAUAAUAUAAAUUAUAUAGAUCAUAAUAAUAAUAAUAAGUAUGAUAUAUCGACUAAUAGCUUUUAUUUUAAUAAAAAAAUAGAUAUAGACAACAAUAUAAAUGUCAACACAAUAUGUGAACAUAAUCAAGGGGAAAUAAAAGGUAUGAACACACAAAUUAAUAAUGAUGAUAAUAUAAUUCAUAUAGAUGAAUAUACUCAAUUAUUAGAAAUGUAUUAUGAAAUGAUGGAUAUGUAUUGUUGGCUAUAUACAAAAUUCCCAGAUGUAUAUAAAAAUAUAAAUUUAGUAACUAACGAAAAAAAAAAAGUCUCUAUGAAAAUUAUUCAUAUGCUAACACACACAUUUAAGGAUAAAUAA